AUGUCAAGCAUUCCAGAUGAACUUUACCUUGAUAUCCUAUUAUGGGUACCAGCAAAAUCACUAUUAUCAUCUUAUGAUGCACUAUCAUCCCGAUUUUCCAGAAAUGAUAUGGUCGUUAGAAAUGCUAUAGAAUAUGAUUAUCCAUUCAGAUCAUUAGGUCAGGAUAUUGUCUUGCUGGGUUGUUGCCAUGGUCUGAUUUGUAUGCGGGUUUCAGAUAUGUUAUGUGUUUGGAAUCCAUGCACCAAAGAGUAUAAGGUUAUAACGGAUUCACCGAAUGAAGAAAUAGAUGAAGAGACAGCUUAUGCUUUUGGGUAUGAUUCUACCAUUGAUGACUACAAAUUAUUUAAGGUUAUAGAGCUACCUGGUACUGGUAGUAUGUUUUGUUUAGUUGAUGUGUAUAUGCUAGGAUCGAAUUCUUGGAGAAGUAUUGAAGACAUACCUUAUUGCUUUCAUAAUGAGCAAAAAGUUGGGGUCCUUGCCAAUGGAAAUUUUCAUUGGAAGGAAGAAAUUGGUGCUGAAAGAGUUUAUGGGCUGAAGUUAAGAGCAUUUGAGUAUUUUAUUCUUUUAUAA